GCAGCACGAGGUUUGACAGCUACAGAAACAAACAUGGCGGAUGCUAGCUAGCUCAACGGUCCAACAUUAACGUCUUUUAUUUGAAAUUAACAGCUGUCAGGAAAUAACGAAGGACGGUACCGAUUCUCAGAGAGACACCGUGAACAACUGACCUCCAUACUUUACCUUUACCGGGUUUUUAUUCAGCAGUUGUCCGGUGUGUAGAGGCGGUUUGUUAGCUUCGGGAGAAACACAACAACAGAGCUGUCUUCCUCCUCUCUGCCCUCAUGUUUAACAGGUAACCUCAAGCUUCUCUGUGAACUUCACCACUUCCCCACUUCCCUGAGGAUGUCUUCUCCUCCAGAAAAGCCUCUGCAAACGUCCCUCUCUGCCCUGGACUCUCUCUCCAUAUCCUCCCUCAUGUCUGGAGAUCUGGAUGAUGAUGGCGGUGAUGGAGGAAGAGAAGAAGAAGGAGGGGAGGAAGAGGAAGGAUUAAGCGACCUGGAGGUGAACCCUUACGAUGGUUUGCCCUUUUCUUCACGGUACUACGCCCUGCUGGAGGAGAGGAAACAGUUCCCAGUGUGGAGGCUGAGGCAAAGUCUGCUGGAGAACAUGGAGAGCCACAACAUGCUGCUGCUCAGUGCAGCCAGCGGGACGGGGAAGAGCACCCAGGUUCCUCAGUGGUGUGUGGAGUACGCUCUCUCCUAUGAGUUCUCUCAGGGUCUGGUGUGUUGCUCUCAGCCUUCUUCAGUGGCGGCGGUGAGUCUGGCUCUGCGUGUGGCCGAUGAGAUGGACCUGAGUCUGGGCCUGGAGGUGGGAUACAGCGUGUCUCAUGACGACAGCUGCACACCCGACACCCUGCUCAGGUUUAUGAGUGACACCCUGCUGCUGGAGGAGAUGAUGUCGGACCCCCUGCUGCAUCAGUAUGGUGUCGUGGUUUUGGACGAGCUUCAGGAGCGCACCGUGCCCACAGACGUGCUUCUGGGUCUGCUUUGUGACGUGUGUCGUCAGAGACCCCAAAACUUCAGGGUGGUUCUCCUCUCUCACCCCUCACUGGCCCCUCGUCUCUCUGCCUUCCUGGGUCCAUCGGUUCCUCACCUCUCCCUGGACACCGUGCUCUCUGACCCCCCUGGUGAUGAGCAGGAGGAGGGUGGAGAGGUGGAGGGGGAGGAGAGGAAAGCUGUGGAGGUGAACAAGGUGGAGACGGUGUAUCGGGAACUCUCUGCUGGGAAGGAGCCGGCGACGGCUGCAUGUCACAUGGUGCUGGAUCUGCACCGCAGGGGGGAGGAGGGAGAUGUGAUGGUGUUUCUGGCCAGUGCACAGGAAGCAGAAGUGUGUGCAGCGCUGCUGGAGAAGGAGUGUUUGGCUCUGAGUCCUCAGCUCGGUUCCCUCAGGAUUCUCUCUCUGCAUUCUGGACUGGGGAGUCUGACUCAGAGGGUUUAUGAAUCCCACCCUGAAGCGUCUGCUCUGGGGGAGAAAGACAGCUCUGAGGGGGUCAAGAGGAAGGUGGUCCUCUGUGAUUCACUCGCUGAGGCGUCCUUCUCCCUGCCUGCCAUUCGAUACGUCAUAGACACAGGCCUUCAACUAAAAAAUGUUUACAACACACAGAUACGAGCUAACUCACAGGUGAUGAGAACGAUCAGCAAACACCAGGCCGACAUGAGAACUGAAAGGGUGAACAGCCGUCUGCCAGGUCUGUGUCUCCGUCUCUACCCCCAGUCUCUGUACGAGGGGAUGGAGGAGGCUCAUCGUCCGGGGGUAGAGGAGGAGAACCUCAGCCACCUGGUGCUGCUGCUCAAGAGGCUGGAUAUCGCAGACAUGGGGCAGUGCAAGUUCCUGGACAGACCAGCCCCUGAGGCUCUGAUGCAGGCUCUGGAGGAUCUGGACUACCUGGCGGCGCUGGAUGAUGAUGGUAAUCUGUCUGAAGUUGGCAUCAUAAUGUCGGAGCUUCCCUUGGAGCCGCCUCUGGCCAAAGCUCUGAUCGCUGCCUGCGAGUACGACUGUGUGGACGAGCUGCUCACUAUCGCUGCCAUGCUCACAGCUCCGUCCUGCUUUGUGACAGUGGAGCCCAGCAGAGAGGAGGCGGUGUCUCAGUGGAAACCCCUGAUGCACGCAGAGGGAGACCACAUGACUCUCAUCAACAUCUAUAGCACCUACCUGGAGAAUCACCAGGACGAGGCGUGGUGCACGACAAACUUUCUGAGUCACGCAGCCUUACGAUUGGCUGUGGUGAUCAGGGCGGAGCUUCUGGAGGUGAUGCAGAGAAUAGAACUUCCUGUUUCUCCGCCUGAUUUCGGAUGCCAGGACAACUGCACCAACAUCAAGCGUGCUCUCAUCUCAGGCUUCUUCCUCAAGGUGGCUCAUGAUGUGGACGGCUCAGGGAACUACCUCCUGCUGACUCACCGCCACGUGGCUCACCUGCACCCCUUCUCCUCCUACCUGAGUCUCCAGCCGUGCCCCGCCCCCCCCAGCUGGGUCCUCUACCACGAGUUCACCAUCUCCUGCGACAACUGCAUCCGCAUCGCCUCCGAAGUGCACCCUCAGAUGCUGGUGGAGCUCUCCCCUCAGUAUUAUUUGGGUAAUCUGCCCCCCAGUGACGGCAGAGAGCAGCUGAUGGAGCUGAGGCAGAAUCUGGAGCCGCCCUCAUACGACACGGGGGUGACUGCAGAGGAUUACAACAGGAUGCUCAGAGAAGUAGAAACUGAAAGUGAACCUCACACUGAGUCCAAUACUGACCUCUGUGUGGUCCAAUGAGAGGGAAGAGGAGGCGGGGCUUCUCAGGAGAACACGCUCGUCGUCACGCAGCUGUCACUUUAUCUCAGAUAUCUUUUUGAUGAAUUAUCCUGAAAUCUCAUUUAAGGUUUAAACCAGGGGUCAUGGUCAGGGGUCAACUCAUUUUAGAAUAUAAUAUACAAUGGGUGUAAUUGUACAUGUCGCUUUACAGAAGCCCAUAAACUACAUGUCCCACAAUGCAUCUCAGUUUGUGACAUGCGCACUGGAGAGACUUGCAAUUAUUUGCCCUAGACUUCUGCUUUCAGACGUAGUUAAUUAUGAAGUUAUUACCAGA